ACAUGUGGUGGCACUUAAUAACAACCUUAUGACGACUCAACCUGUUCACAAGACAUUCCCAUAAUCAGAGACACGCUCAACUUAGAUAACAGCGAAAAGAGCUGUUUAAAUUCAUUGAUGGUUACAAUACUGCGAUCAGUCAGAUACCGAUAAUUCCACUAAGAAUGAAUCGCUCAGGCUAAACACGCACCUUAUUAAUUGAAUAUUGAAUAUUGAAUAUCAAAUCUCAUCUAGUCCUGCGCUCUGCCGCUGUGCCUAUCCAUCCACGAAAUCUUUCGCCACCCUUUUCUCUUUACCAUCUCAGACUUUCAAUAGUGAGGAUGUCGGAAAGUGUAUUCUUCCAAGGCAGUCUACAAGAUGGCAUCUCCCUCGCCAUCCAACAGUCCAAGAUGGUGCUUGCAUUUGUCACCGACAGUGGAGACGAGAGUCAACUUUGGGAAAACGAGCUCCUCACAAACGAUUCCCUAAAAUCACCACUCAAAAAUCAAGCUGUGGCCUUGCGACUACAGGCAGGGUCUGAAGAGGCUGGCUUUUUGGAAGCUCUAUUUCCCAUACCGAAGAAGCCCACGGUAGUCAUCAUUCAGAACGGGACUCUAAAAGAGUAUAUUCAAGGUGGCACGGCGAAGGAGGAUCUUGUUCGCAGAAUCGAGGCGAUUCUCAGCACCGCGUCAGCAGCUCAGACCCAACAAAAUGCUGCCCCUGAAAGACAGGCUUCAAGUCAGCCACCUCCGGCCGCUCAAGCCCCGGUACCCACCAGGAGUAACGUAUUAGACGAUCUAUAUGAUGAAUAUGACAUCCCAGCCAGGCCCUCUCCUGCACCAGCAGAACCUUCCCGGGAGGAGCAGAGUUCACAAGAAGCGAGGCGCCUAGAAGCCGAGAAGAAAGUGAAGGAGGCUAAGGAAGCUAAAGCUAAGGAAGCUAAAGCCAAAGAAGCCAAAUCCAAGGCAGAACGAGAAGCCCAGGCAAAAGAGCGCCGCAGAGCUAGUGAGAGUAACGAGGGCCAAUCCUCUACUACCAACACACCGGAGCGGUCUUAUGCAGAAGAAGUCAGACAGCAGAAGAUCCGAGCAGCUGAGGACAGAAAGCGCAUCCUAAAGCGCAUCGAAGAUGACAAGCGAGAGCGCAGAGAGCGUGAAGCCAAGGAAAGACAGGCAAGACUACUGCUAAACACGACAAACAAUACCGAAGCCUCCAGCAGCCAGACCCCGGCCAUUCCCCUCGCUCGAAGACAAGCCAACAGCUCAGGAGACCACUGCAACUUACAGGUCCGCUUGUUUGACGGCUCGACAAUCCGAUCGCGCUUCAAGAGCGACGCGACCCUUAGUAAUGAAGUACGCAAGUGGAUCGACGAGGACCGGACCGACAGCGACGCGCCGUACACCUUCCGAAUUGUCCUAACGCCACUUCCCAACAAAGCCGUCGAGCCCGCCGAGGAAACAGAGUCGCUAAUAUCUCUCGGCCUGGCCCCUUCGGCCACUCUCGUCCUAGUUCACGCCAAGUACUCCUCCGCUUUCGCACGCGUCUCUGGCGGCCUCGUCUGGCGCAGCCUAGCGUACGUCCUAGGCUUCUUCGGCUCCGGGUACGGGUUCCUGGUCGGAAUGCUAGGCGGACUCGCCGGCCUGCUAGGUAGUCGUGGAACUGCGUCGCCCGAGGAUGUCCCGCUGCAGAAUCUAGCUGCGGGUAGGACUGCCUCGCGGAUCAGGGGGUUUGCUGACGCUGAGGACGGGCGUGGGGACGCGCAGUUGUAUAAUGGGAAUUCGUUGAAUUUCGAACCGCGGAGAGAUGAAGAUGAUGAGGAUGUGGAUUGAAAUCGUACUUCGAGGGGAGAUGUUGAUUCGUGGUGCUGUCUCUUGCCAUAACUUUACUUCUAAUUGUAGGAUGUUAUGUUGAUGUACUACACUGCUUAGAUAUAAGAUAGCUUCAAUAAUAGCUUAUGCUCCGUGUCGUCUUCUUAAAUGUAAGUUCUUUAACGAGUAGGGGGGUUUUUCUUUUUGACAUGAGAGAUCCUCCACUUCCUGCCUAUAGCAUCCUUAGCUCCUAUUUUUCCACCUAUUUUC